UCAGCAAUCGGACAGAAACGAUGAGCAACCUUCCUGCAGACAACGAACUGUAUGGCACAUUAGACUAUUGGAAUUCGCGCUACGCAGAAGAACAGGAAGAGAGUCGCUUCGAAUGGUUCAAGUCGUACAAGGAUCUCUCGAAUCUGAUCGAGCGCUAUGUAGCCCCAAGUGCUCAGAUUUGUAUGCUGGGUUGUGGGAAUUCUAGUCUCUCCAAGGAUAUGUAUGACUCUGGGUUCCACAGGAUAGCCAAUGUCGAUUUCUCCCAAGUUUUGAUCGAUCGAAUGCGCUCUCAGCAUAGCGAAAAAUGUCCCGAGAUGACAUGGAUACAGGCCGACGUAAGGCAUCUACCCUUUCCGGAUUCAUCCUUCGAUGCUGCUAUUGAUAAAGGAACAAUGGACGCUCUGAUGUGCGCCAAAGGAGACGUUUGGGACCCACCAAAAGAGGUCGUCGAGAAUUGCAAAAUGGAAGUGGAUGAAGUGGCAAGAAUCCUCAAGCCUGGUGGGGUCUUCAUCUACAUCACCUUCGGCCAACCACAUUUCAGGAAAACUCACCUGCAGAGACCGGGGAUAUGGUCAGUCGAAGUGAUCGAGCUGGGGGAUAUGUUUCACUAUUAUUUCUAUGUGAUGAAGAAAUACAUGGAUCCCCACACUUGAAAGAACUGCCCAAUCCCGCCAUCACAAAGCUUUAGACAGACGUCUCCGCGAGCAGAUAUGUGUGAUUUGCGACAGUAGAUUUGCAAGCGUCUUUCAAGACAUUCCAUUGAAGUUAGCAGCCAUGACGACACCAGUCGUUGCGAAAAUUCAGGCAAAUGUCGGUGCAGGA